AUGCUAGCUGAUCUUAAAAAUCUACCAGCACGGUGCUUGGCUUCUUGCAGCCUAGUCUUCCGAACGGAACCAACUUAUUACUUAUGUACCCACGGUUCUCAACCACCCGAAGGUCAAAUAAUUCAUACUGAUCAAAGCACAUCGGCAUUACUUCGUAUCGUAAGGAAGCGGGAAAGUUCUGCGGUCACCCUUAAAAAGUGCGCGGAAUUGAAGGAUGGAAAGCGUCCUCAUGAGUCGAUGGCUGCAGGCGGGGCUGAAGGACAGCCUGCAAAGAAGCUGAACACUGGCGCAGCAGCCGUAGCCGCCAAGGCAAGCCAGGUAUCCGGCCUAUCGCAACACCUGACAACGACAUCUUUGACCGCUGAGGAGCUGAAAGCGAAGACGGUUCCGCAGCUUAAGGAGUUGUUACGGGCUCGCGGACUGGCCGUCUCCGGUGCCAAAGACGAACUCGUUCGCCGCUUAGUCGACCACCAACGGGCAAACAAGUACAAAUAA